UUGGUUAAUAAUGGUGUAAGAUGUAGAUGGCAGAUGAGCGCGCGACAGUCUCAUGGUACGACGGAAAUUUCGUCUGCUGCUAGGGCUAGCUAGCCUUUGGUUAUUAGGGAUAGUUUAUUAUGUCUACAAAGCUAGUGAAGACCAAAAAAACAAAGAACCAGUUGUUAAGAACUUGCAUGUUUUUCCAAAUGAUGGAAUUGUCAUCGACCAUGGAAACAGCCAAGAAAACGAAAAGCCUGGGGGGGUUGAAUAUUUACAUAAAAACAACGAAUUUCAAGACAUAGCCAUUCCACCAAAUGACAUAGUAUUAAAACCAAAAGUGCCAAAACUUAUAGACAAAGUGAUUAUUAGCAAACCAAAAAUUGCUUUUAAUAAACUGAAAAAUGCUAAUCAAGUUUCAUGGACAGAAUUUGAUGAAAAAAGAUAUGUUGAUAAAAAGCGUGUGAAAAAAGGAGAGGAUAGUUAUAUAAAAAAUAAAUUUAAUCAACUUGCUAGUGAUAAUAUUAAAUCGGACCGCUCAGUGCCAGAUACAAGGCAUCAUUUAUGUCGUCAAAAAGCAUGGCAAACCAAUUUACCAUCAACAAGUGUUAUUAUAACAUUUCACAAUGAAGCUAGAUCUACUUUAUUAAGAACAGUUAUUAGUGUAUUUCAACGAAGUCCUGAUCAUUUAAUAGAAGAAAUUAUAUUAGUAGAUGAUUUUAGUGAUGACCAAUUGGAUGGAAUAGAAUUAACUAAAAUAGAAAGAGUUAGACUUAUACGUAAUGAUAAAAGAGAAGGGCUUAUACGAUCUCGAGUUAAAGGUGCCAAUGCUGCAGAAGCAGAUGUUCUUACAUUUUUAGAUAGUCAUUGUGAAUGUAAUAAACAUUGGUUAGAACCAUUAUUAGAAAGAGUAGCCGAGGAUAAGACUCGUGUUGUUAGUCCCAUUAUAGAUGUUAUUAGUAUGGAUAACUUUGACUACAUUGGAGCGUCAGCGGAUUUAAAGGGGGGAUUUGAUUGGAAUCUAGUAUUUAAAUGGGAUUAUAUGACAUCUGAAGAAAGAAAUAAAAGAUCAUCUAAUCCAGUAUCACCAAUAAGAACUCCUAUGAUAGCUGGAGGUUUGUUUGUAAUAGAUAAAUCCUGGUUUAAUAAAUUAGGACAAUAUGAUCCUGCCAUGGAUGUUUGGGGAGGAGAAAAUCUUGAGAUAUCAUUCCGUGUGUGGCAGUGUCAUGGAUCUUUAGAAAUAAUUCCUUGUAGUAGAGUAGGUCAUGUUUUCCGUAAACAACACCCAUAUACUUUCCCUGGGGGUAGUGGUAAUAUAUUUACACGAAAUACGCGUAGAGCAGCAGAAGUAUGGAUGGAUGAUUAUAAACAGUUUUACUAUGCAGCAGUUCCGUCGGCCAGACAUGUCGAUUUUGGAGAUAUUACCAAAAGAUUAGAAUUAAGAAAACAACUGAAUUGUAGACCGUUUAAAUGGCUUCUUGAAAAUGUCUAUCCAGAAUUAAAAGUACCAGAUAGACAAGAUGUAUCAUUUGGUAGUAUACAACAACAAUCUAAAUGUAUUGAUACUAUGGGACAUUUUGCUGAUGGUGUUCUAGGUCUUUAUCCAUGUCAUCAUUCAGGAGGAAAUCAGGAAUUCUCUUUAACUAAAGAUGGAAGUAUAAAACACCUUGACCUUUGUUUAACUAUGACAGGGAUAACAUCUGGUAAUAUUAUAAAACUGUUUCAAUGUCAGUCCAACAAUUCACUACAGAAAUGGGAAAGAUAUAAUGACAACACAAUGAUAAAACAUGCUGAAUUUUCUUUCUGUAUAGACAGUUCAAAAGUUGAUUCAAGUGGAAUUAUAGCAAAAGAUUGUGAUACUACUUUGCAGUCACAGAAAUUUUCAUUUACUUUAGAAAAAACAUAAAGUAAAUUUAAAAUAACAUCAAAACAAAAUCUUUUUUACAAUAAUGGAUCAUGUUCAUCAGCUUUAGCAUUAUUUUUAUCAUGAUUUUUAUAAAAUAAUUUUUAUGUCUUGAUCAAAAUUUUUUUUAAUGUUAUAAAUAUUUUCCAAUUAUAAAUAUUCAAAUUGAAAGGAUGAGAUUAAGAAAGUGUCUGUGCCAUUUUACAGUGUUUAUUCCAUUAGAUACACAUAGUUUCUAUGGGAAGUGGUUUUAGAUUGACUAACAGGUUUUGCUUGUUCCCAAAUCCAUAUCCAGCAAUGAAUUUAGAUUAUGUGCAAUAAGAAACAAAAAAUGAAAUAGCAUUUGACCCAUUGUUAUUUCUCAACCUUUCAGUUAUUUAUGUUUAUAUAAAUAUUUUUAAAGAAUUUUUUUUAAUUAUUCAAUAUUAUUUUAAUGAAUAGGACUUCCAGAUUAUAAAUGAAAAUACACAAUGUGCUUCCAUUGAUAUUGAUAUUUUAUAAAUCAUUUUACAUGCUUAAAUCUAUAAAUAUAUGCUGUCUGAUUUUAUUUGUAUAUAGUUUGUAAUGAUUGUCAAAGCCAAACCCAUGAUGGUGAAUUAUAUUCCAUAUUCCAAUGUUGUUCCGUAAUAUCAAAUCAAAAAUAUAAUUUCCUCGGUCAAUUACAUUCUCUGUAUAUUGAUUUUCAUUGAAUAUUUAUUUCAUCGUUGUAUUUAUAUUGUCAUUCUAAUGAAAAUGUAUGCCUAACUAAAGACCCACUGAAGCUCAGAAUAUUUUAUUUGUGAAUAUAUACCGGCGAUACAGGUAAUAAUGUUUUAAGUUACUCAAAAAUAUACUAUAUACGGUAAUCAAAGCUCAAAACAACAACUUUUUAAACAAAUCUAAAUUUCUUAUUUUAGAUUAUUUAUUUUCUCAUCCCAAUUCAGGCAUGUGGGCCUUCAUGGUGAUAAUCUUUAAACCCCUGUAAUCCAAAUUAAUUAUGGCAAAAUAAUCAACAGAAUAAACCAAAUAAUAUAGUGAGUGCAUGUACUUACAUUUAUAGUCUAUUUAAUAUAUUUAAAAUUGAAAUAUUUCUUUAUUAUUCUAUCCCUCUUGCCAAAAUAGCAUUAUAUUGCUAGAUUUUAAUUUUAUGUGAUUGUAAUAAGUUGUAUAAUAUAUUCAGUAUUAAUGUGUCUUCCAUAGUUAUGUUGUUGUAAAUAUUUAAAUCUGUCAUUAUACCAUAAAAUUUACAGAGUUAGCGUAACUGUUGUCAAGUAUCAGUGUGAAUUAUUGUAAUUGUAUUGUAACAGUGUUUUAAUUAAUGUAAAUUAGAUUUAUUUUAUUGUACAAGAAUUAAACUAUAUAAACCAAAUACUCCAACUAUUUAAUCUUAUGUGAUAUGUAGAUGAAGUAAUUUAAUACCAAGGUUAUAUAUUGUAUAGCUGAAUACAUUAAUAAUAGUGUGAUGACGAUACUACACUCUAACAAAGUCAGUAGAAAGCAUACAAUAUUUCAUAUACAUAUUUACAUGUGCAUACUUGCUAAAUUAGCAAAAUCUCACAUUAGAAAACUGGAUAGAGUAUUGAAGCUUUAUUUCAGUUCCAUAUAGUGAUGUAUAUUCAGAGUGUUUAAAAGGAAGGAGACAAGAGGCACAACAUCUUUUUGAGUACUUAUAUUGCCAUAAACAGGUGGUCCGUGUACCCCCAAAGAAGCAUUAUUUUCAUGUGAUGUUCCAAAGAGGGGUGUGGCUUGGCAUGCCCUCAUGCUCCCACUCCUGAAUAUGCCACUGGUUUUAUGUGUGUUGAUACAAUAUUAUAGUUAUAGAGUAUAGUUGGUUUAAUAAAGCAUGCAUAGAUAGAGGUAAUUAUGUAGGCUUUAUAAAAGACACAUGAAGGUAAUCAAAAGUAGAAUCCUAUGCUGUUAUUCUAUUAUUAAAUCAGAAAUCUUAUUUGAGGUUAAAGGGUAACUGAAUUAGAAUAGUAGAACCCAGAUUGUAUGUGAUUAAAACAGCUAUUGAAGUACAUUAUGUAAUAUUUAGGAAUGGUUUUAUUUAAUCUGUUAUAUUGCUUUUAUUGUAAGGUUGUUAUUUGUGUUAAAGGACUAGUCAUUAUUAUAUGGUAAUGUUCAGCUUUUAUAUUAUUAAAAUCCAAUAUUUAAUUAUUUGAGCAUUAAAAUAAACAUUUUUUUCCAACAU